AUUCCAACUUGAAUAGAAAAGAAGCAAUUAAAGAAAAUAUGAUAAACAUAUCUUCCUUCUCCUUAAAACAAAAAACACAACAAAAUUCAAACGGAUUAACAAUAAACAUUUUUAUUUUUACCAAUUUACUAAAAAUUAAUACUAACUAACACCAAAAUUUAUUAAUGCAUAUAAAAUCUUUUUUUUUCCUUCUAAAUAUACACGUGCAAGUGUACAACACCACACACAAAUGACACACCUAGUCUCUCUUGUUAUUAUAAAUACAUACAGCUCCUGUUUCAUUUUUCUAUAGUUCUAUAUCGUUUGCCAUAACCCAUCCAUCACAAGGCUUUUGUUGGUCACUAGUUUCAUCCACCAACCAAUUUGCUUUUCACAAGACAAGAAUUAGAAGAAGCUAUGGCAACUUCAAAUGUUGCAAAUGGAAAUGGUUCAAGUGAGACCAAGGGAAAGACCAUCACUUGCAAAGCCGCCGUGGCACAUGGUCCGGGAGAACCUUUUGUCGUGGAGCAAAUUCUUGUACAUCCUCCUAAAAAAAUGGAGGUUCGAAUUAAGAUCCUCUAUACUUCUAUUUGUCACACCGAUCUCAGCGGUUGGAAAGGCGAGUGUGAACCUCAACGUGCUUAUCCUCGGAUUUUUGGCCAUGAAGCUUCCGGGGUUGUGGAGAGUGUGGGAAAAGGAGUGAGUGACAUAAAAGAAAAGGACAUAGUUGUCCUAAUAUUUAAUGGUGAGUGUGGUGAAUGUGUCUAUUGCAAGUGUGAGAAAACCAACAUGUGUGAGAAGUUUGGGGUAGACCCAAUGAAGAAGCUAAUGUGUGAUGGUACAAGUAGAUUUUCAACAAUUGAUGGCAAACCCAUUUUCCAUUUCUUGAACACUUCAACUUUCACGGAGUAUACAGUGGUGGAUUCAGGUUGUGUUGUUAAGGUCAACCCUCAAGAAACUCUUUGCCUUAAAAACCUCACCAUGCUUAGUUGUGGAGUUUCCACAGGAAUUGGAGCUGCUUGGAAUACUGCUAAUGUACAUGCUGGUUCAUCUGUAGCAGUCUUUGGUUUAGGUGCAGUUGGCCUCGCAGUUGCAGAAGGGGCACGAGCCAGAGGUGCUUCCAAAAUAAUAGGUGUGGAUAUCAACCCAGACAAAUUCAUCACAGCCAAAACAAUGGGAAUCACAGACCUCAUAAAUCCAACUGAUGAAGAGAAGCCGGUAUAUGAGAGAAUCAGAGAAAUGACUGGGGGAGGAGGUGUAGACUACAGUUUUGAAUGUACAGGAAACUUGAAUGUUCUAAGAGAUGCCUUCUUGUCUGUUCAUGAGGGUUGGGGAUUGACUGUACUAUUGGGAAUUCAAUCAUCACCAAAGUUGCUACCCAUACACCCGAUGGAGCUCUUUGAUGGGCGCAGAAUCGAAGGAUCAAUUUUUGGAGGUUUCAAAGGCAAAAGUCAGUUGCCUAAUCUCGCCACAGAAUGCAUGCAAGGGGCGAUAAAGCUGGAUAAGUUCAUCACUCACGAACUUCCCUUUGAGGAGAUAAACAAAGCCUUUGACCUUUUGAUUGACGGGAAAUCUCUGAGAUGUCUUCUGCACCUCUAAGAAAAACGCUCUUUUUUUCAUUCUGAUAGAGAGCACUCUCCAAUUUUAUGAUAUCUGAAUGAACUCUUAAAUAGAAGUAUAUCUAAAUUCUAAAUAUAAAUAUGAGUGUUUUUUAACAGUACUUACGCAGCGUUAUCUUACUGUGAAGUGUGCUACGACGGCCAAGAAAGAAAAGUAGUUGUGUACUCAAGUUCGCUCUUCAAUAUGAAUGUUGGACGCCAUUUCUUUUUCGUUAUGCCUUUGCACCCUGUAAAUUAAACGUUUCUGAAGAUGGGAGAGAGUAUAAUAACAACCAUUCUGAUACAACUACUACAUGUAAAAAUAAUUAUGGUUUGCAAGGGAGAGUUUAUUAAAUGCAUACAGUUUUCCAUAAUAUAUCACCAUGUUAGAUAAAUGGUUAAGUACAACUUGUCUGAAAAAUUACAGCUAAUGAUAAUGUCGAAUGCAUCAAAAGAAAAUUACAUCAUGCCUACCUAACAUAAAUAUAUAUUCUACAAAAUUCUUGGCCAACUGAUACAGAAACAUUGGCAGCUGGAUGAUUGUCAUUACUGCUGGAAGAUAAUAUUUGGAAUCAUGGUGAAUUUGACAAACUCACGGUGAUAAUAUGAUUUUGUAGAAGCUCCAAAGUGUAGAUUUUGUAAAAUCACGGUAAUUCAUUGUGAUUCUGUCAAGCUCACCAUGAAUCCAAAUAUACACACAAUUUCCACAAAAAUUGAACACUUCUACACAGAGUAUUGAUUCCAAAAAAAAAUUCAGGAGCAAAAAAGGGUAAAAUAAGAAGAAUUCAGAGUUCCCUUUCAUUGUUUGUUGAUGUUGUUUUGUUUGUUGCGAUUUUCCUCUGUAAUUGUUUGAAAUUCUUUCUCACUAGCUGCAAUUAUGCGCUUCACAAUGUCAUAUGAGGUAAGCUUGAUGCUGCAGAGAGAAACAAGGGUGAGUAAAGAAACUAAUGCUAAGAAAGCAUAAAAAUGGGCUUCAACAAUAGGAGAAAACAGGAACCUGCUGUUUGGUAGGGUUUUCAGAGCAUUGGGUACAAAUCCCCGAUACAAACCAGCAACACCAUCUCGUGCCACAAUACCUGUAUCAACAUAAGUUUUAUAAUAAACAAAUCCCCCUUAAAAUACACAAAUUCAAAUAGUUUAAUUAACAUCUAGUGUGCCAUCCCAGCAUAUUUAAAUCUACUUAUACUAGUAUAUUGUUAUAUUACAACCAUGAUUAUAAACAUAUUGAACAAACUUUCAGGGGAAAAAGGAAAUAACAACAAUUGUAGACAGACAAAUACACUGGUUUACCAUGGUCUGUAAUUGUUAAAGCAACCUUCAAUAAGACUAUCGAGUCCUACUGUUUACCAAAUAUAAAGGGAUCAUUUUAUUGUGGUAUCACUGGUAUGAUUGAUUUUAUUGCAUUUUUUAUCAUAUAAAUAAGCAUCGAGUUAAUAAUUGGAAGAUUCUGAAUCAAUUAUUAUCGUACAUGUGUGUUUUACUUUUAAAUUCAAGGCUCCAAUUAGGCAACUUAAUUACUGCAGAUAUAAACCCAAUACUGGGGGUCAAAGAAUAAUAGCAGGAUUUUAUUUAGUUACUUAUUUUGACAGGAAAACUUAGAAACAGUAUUACAGCACACAAGUCAAAUUCUUAAAUACAUUGUUUUAUAUAAAUUUAUUUUAUGACACUAAAGUAAACAGGAGUAAUCCUCACCUGUAAAAGCUUCUAAUACUGUCGUAUAAGGUGUACCCCUCAAUUGCAUUUGUCGCCGGACAGUGUCUAGAGGAUAGCAUGUAAGUGUGGCUAGAGAUGCCGAAAGCACAGCAGUGAGUAUAGUUGUUUCAGUUCUCUUUUGAUACUUCUCAGGCAAAGACUUCUUUAAUCUAUCA